GAUUCCUACCAGGAAGAGAUCGCGCAGUCCUCGGCUCGACCUACUCUUCACCUGAACAGCAAGGCUCAAUGGAACGACAAACAAUUCGGUCGGAUUGAUAAUUAUGUUGGAACAAAAGCUUUUUUUAUUAACUUUAUCAGUUUGUUUUUUCAAUGGGCCCGCAACAGCAGCUACGUUUGCUGAACAGACAGCGAGGCUAUCUAGCUACAGCGUUGUCAUUCCUCAGAUCGUGGAAAGAAGGGAGAGGCGGCAGGCUGACCACUUUCAGGACUCCAGACAGGACUUUCACGAGGACAGACUGUCAUAUUCUGUUACGAUUGAAGAUAAGAACUAUUUUCUCCACCUGAACAAGAACAAAGACUUUCUAGCUAAAGAUUUUGUGCAGUACUCAUAUGACAAAAAUGGCAAAUUGUUGACUUCUUACCCAAAAACAGAGGAUCACUGUUACUACCACGGCCAUGUGGAGAAAGUUGAAGACUCGCUGGUUAUGCUCAGUACAUGCUCUGGUCUCAGGGGACUCAUUUUCAUUGGUGAGAAGAGCUAUGGCAUUGAUCCUGUGGUGGAGUCGUCCACGAACGAGCACCUUCUGUACCAGCUGGAGCACGCUCAAAACGAGCCCUUUGUGUGCGGAGUCUCAAAUGAUAUUUGGCAGGAAGAGAACACAGAGUCCCACCGGCACAGUGUGGACUCCAUGAGAAGGCUCUUCAGGCAAAAGCGUGAUGCUCUGCCCCAGACUCAUUAUGUGGAGUUGGUUUUGGUUGUCGACAACCUGAGGUACCUUAUAAAGAAGUCCAAUGAGACAGCUGUGAAAGAAGAAGCGGUGGAGGUGGCCAAUCUUUUAAAUGGGUACUACAAAAUGAUCAAUAUCCAGGUGAUUCUGACGGGGCUGGAGAUCUGGAAGGACAGCAACCCCAUCGAUGUGAACGGCUCAGCAGGGCAGGUUGUGAGCCGCUUCGUCUCGUGGAGAGAGACCGUUCUCCUGCCGAGGAAGAGGCAUGACGUUGGGCACCUGAUCAUUGGACGGGGUGCAUACGAUGGAGUCCUGGGGAUGGCCUUUGUUGGCUCAGUUUGUUCAAACAAAACUGGUGGUGGAAUCAGUACGUUUGAUGGCAACAAUCUGCAGUACUUCUCGACUAUUGUUGCUCAUGAACUCGGACACAACUUGGGGAUGAACCAUGAUGACACCAGAUGUUCCUGCAUAACAGCUUGUAUCAUGUAUGCCGAGGCAAUGGGGGGGGGCACUUUUAGCAGCUGCAGUGAAAAUGACUUUGAGAAUCUGAUUUUUGAAGGAGGUGGGCGCUGUCUCAUGAACCCCCCCACCCCUGAUAAAAUCUUCACCCUUCCUGCCUGUGGAAACAAUGUGGUGGACAAAGGAGAGCAGUGCGACUGCGGACCCCCGGGGAAAUGCAACAACAAAUGCUGCAAUCCGGCUACAUGCAUGUUCUCAUCUGGAUCCUCCUGCGCAGACGGAAGCUGCUGUGACAACUGCAAUAUCAAAGUGGCAGGAACACCAUGCAGAGUCAGCAGCGAUUAUUGUGACCUCCCCGAGUACUGCACUGGGGACUCAGGCUUCUGUCCAGGCGACUUCUUCAUCAUGAACGGGUACCCCUGUGCCAACAACACUGCCUACUGCUUUGAAGGCCUGUGCCAGAGCUUUGACUCUCAGUGUCGCAGGCUCUUUAGUAAAACGGCAAGCAAGGCUCCUGAUGCAUGUUUCAUCACCGCCAAUAUGAGGGGGGACAGGUUUGGGAACUGUGGACCCUCAGAUACCAGCUACAUCAAGUGUACAAGAGAAAACGUUAUGUGCGGGAAAUUGCAGUGUAUCGGAGUCGACACGAACAACCUCCCUUUUGGAGCGACAGUGACGCUGACGGAAACCGGAGGCGUUACGUGUGUGAACGCUGACUUCGACUUGGGGUCAGACGUCACAGACGCUGGCUAUGUGAAACGGGGGAGUGGCUGUGAUAAAGGGAAGGCCUGCAUAAACUUUCAGUGCACAAAUGCCACAGGCCUUGGAUUUAACUGUGACAUACAGACCAAGUGCAAUGGGAAUGGCAUCUGCAACAACAACGGCAAUUGCCACUGUGACGCAGGCUGGGCCCCCCCGAGCUGCAGCAGCAAGGGCUACGGAGGGAGUAUUGACAGCGGCCCCCCACACAUAGAUACUUCUCUACGAGACGGGCUACUCGUCUUCUUCCUUCUGGUGGUCCCUGUGGUCGCUGUGAUCAUCUUCAUUGUUGUCAAGCGGGAAAUGGUAUUCAGGAGAUGUCGGAAAUCGAAGAGCGCCCAGUACAGGGAGCGCACUGAAGCUGCAAAUAGAGGACAAAGGAAUGGACCUGGGCAAAAUAAUACCCGAAACAAUCCGCCUGUCCCCAUCAUUGAAACGGUCGUCAUUGGUCCUCCACAAAGUGCUCAAUAUUAUAAUCAGGAUAUCGGAAGAGUCCAUCGCUCCCCGCCACCUCCACCAAAUAAGCCUGUGAGACCACCAAGACCUUCCCCCACCAAACUCUCUACAAUCCAUGCUUAAACUAGUUUAAGCAUGCUCAAGGUUUCAAUUCUGAGCUGUGCUUGGGACAGUAGCACCUGUUAUAUCACAAAUGACAAGCAGAAUGACUGCAGUGGAGAGAUCAGAAGAGUGCAGUGAAGCUGCAGUUUAACUGCAUUCUGACUGCAUUUCAGUUGCACUUUAUUACCAAUUUGCUGUUACUAUUCGUAGUUUCAAGUGCAGUUAAAUUGAGUAACUACACUUUUACAGCAUGUGAUUUGUUUUUUUUAGAUGCCCUCAGAAUCUCAGAUGUAUUUUACUUCUGUUUUAUUAAUGCUACAUGCCAUGCUUCUGAUACUGCUGGGGUUCAUAAGAGCUGGAAUUAUUUUUGCAUUAUCCAUUUUUCUAUAGAAUUAUUUUACAGGAUAUAUAAUCUCUAAAAUAAUAAUACAUUAAAAAAUUGGCAUUGUAUAGGGAAGUUUUACAUUUUACUGACCUCAACUAUUUUGAAGCCUGGCACAACUAAAUAAGUUAUAGAUGUUUGUAUUGUCAUUGCAUGCUACAAAUGGGUAAAUAAUAUUUCCUAGAACAAUAGUUUUCUUGUUUAAGUGGUAGAAUUGUCAGACUCAUGGAAGACAAAUGCUUCAUAAAUAAAUAAUGUUACAUAUUUUAAUGUAUAUAUGAAUCAUGAAUUUAACUAAUCAUGUUACUUAUUACUAAGAGAAUAAUUAUUUGACCAAUUAAAAUGCAAAAUAUCAUUAAAGUGCAAUAUCGUAGUUAAUAAUUCACAUUGAUUUUAGGCAAAGGAUAAGUGAUUUCUUAUUGGUACAUAAAUUGUGUUCUUUUUUUGUUUUAUUUCUUGGUCUACUCUAAAUAAA